CAACAGUAAACAUCUACAGUCUCAGUAAUCAAUCAAUAUACACUUCUGCCAUCAUUCACUUCCACACCGCACCAGCUUUCUCGUCGAUCGAACUAGAAAAAUGACCAAUUCUUAGGAGACAAACGAUCGGAUUCUAGAUCUCGACUAGCCUCGUCCUGCAGUGUGGCUGGUGCUGGUGCAUUCCCACUCUUCUCUACAAUGUCGCCUACUGCCGCCCAAUCAGCAAUCUCUUCUUGCAGGUUGCCACCAUUCAGUCUUUACCUGGUAGAUGAUGGACGGCUUCGUUUGUUCCCGUGAUUACUGUCCUCGUUCUCGUCGUGGUCGUUGUCGUCGUUGUCGUCGCUGUCCUUGGGGAUGAGAGGGAGCAGUAUAUCAACUGUUAUUCACUCACUCUCCUCAUCGGUCCGCCCUGCCUGAACGGUGCAGAAAUGCACUCGCACUCUGCGCUGUCCGAGUCAGCCACUGAACGCGAGCUCCUCAAAUAUCUGCCUCCCGUCUACUUUCGCGCCCAUCACCAGGACCAUAUUCCCAUUUCCUCCACUGAUCUGGCCCUUAAUGCUUUUGCUCAGCUAGGCGCUCUGCGUCUCAAUGCUUCCCGAUGCUACAUCUCCUUGUUCGACCGCAACUACCAGUAUGUCAUCGCUGAGUCGUCAAAGACCUUGUCUACCCAGAAUGACGCCGUCCACGAUACUGGCGAUGAGCUGUGGCUCGGCCAGACCAGGAUACCAAGACAUGCCGGUCCAUGCAGUCUUCUCGUAGACAGGGCCGCCACGCAAUCGCGAAAUGGUAAACUUGAAAGUCACAUGAACGUCGUCCCCGAUACCCACGCCUCCAAUACCUUUCAAGGCCAGGCCUUUCUUCCAGGUCUGAAUGACUGGAUUCGCUUCUAUGCCAACGUCUUGCUAGUCAGCCCAAGAGGCGCCAUCAUUGGCGCUUAUGCCGUUCUGGAUGACAAGCCUCACGAUCCCCUGUCCCACUCUGAGCUUCAAUACCUUGGAGAUAUGGCCAAAACCGUCAUGGACCAUCUGGUCUUGUCUCGGACGCGAGAGGAGAAUCGUCGCAUGGGCAAGAUGAUGACUGGUAUCGGUCAAUUUCUUGGUGGCUACGCAGGCUUGAAUGCCGCUCGGUCAGAUACUUAUGGGAAUACUGUGACUCCACAAUACCGCCAAUCUCGUCCCCAGCCUUCAAACGACUACUUCUCCUACCAGAAGCAGCCCAAUCAUGACCAAUCAUUGAGUAACCCCGGUCAAUGUUCGCCUCAGCAUUCGUCCACUUCAAACAAGUCAAAUAACUUGCCAUUCACUCCUGCACAGGAUGCCUCGACUCCCAACACGAUGGCUUCAACGCCUGCGCCUGGAAGUGAAGCUAGCGGUUCUGACAUUCAAGGUACAUUUUCGAGAGCGGCAAACAUCAUCCGGGAGAGCAUGGACAUGGAUGGGGUGAUGUUCUUCGAUGCUUCCAUCAAUUCCCACGGAGGCCUUCUUCGGACCGACGACUCAACAUCGUCCGACAUGUCGAAUAAGGAAGACUCCAAAGGGAACUCGUCGACUGAGGACUCCGAGAGCCGGGAUUCAAAUCGAAGCACCAUGUGUAAGAUAUUAGGAUACUCUGAACUACGAAAAUCCAGGCAACAUGAGGACGAGAUGCCCCAGACACCUGUUGAGACGCCCGAUGAAAGCACCGAACGAACUUUGCAUUUACCUCCACGACUUCGCGAAAAAGAUCUGCAAGCUUUGCUUCGCCGGUAUGCUCACGGGAGGAUCAUCAAUUUCGAUAGAGAUGGGAAGCCGUCAUCCGGUUCCAGCGACGGCGAGGGGCCAAAUACAUCUGCCACCGACAAGGAAGCUGAAAACAUGAUGGAAGCGAAUGCAGCCAAGAAGAGGCGCAAAAAAGCAUCCUCGGCCUCGUGCGACGCCAUCGUCGGGACUGCAGUGCCAGGUGCUCGUGGUGUGGCUUUCAUUCCCAUCUGGGACGCCCAUCAAGAGAGGUGGUACGCAGGAGGGCUGAUAUGGUCUACACGCGCAGACCAACUGUUGAUCACUAGCGAGCAUCUCACCUUUCUCAAGGCGAUGGCCUCCACCAUCAUGACUGAAGUAGCACGGGUCAAUGCUCUCAGAUCAGAUCGAAUCAAGGCCGAUGUCCUCCGCUCGAUAUCCCAUGAACUCAGAUCGCCUUUGCAUGGGAUCUUAGGCAGUGUAGAUCUGCUUGAGGGGAGUGCAAGAUCAGCCUUCGAAGUGGACAUGAUGCAUUCGAUUGAAACUUGUGGCAAAACUCUGCUUGACACAUUGGAUCAUCUCCUUGAUUAUACGAAAGUGAACCGUACGCUGCAUCUUCGGAAGCAUGGUGCCAGACUCGCGUCAGAGACUGGUUCCCGCUCAAUGGUUGCCUCUACGGAGAGAGCCAUACGUCUCGACCUAAUCACAGAGGAGGUAGUGGCUGCUGUGUCGUCCGGAUUCGCGGCUCAGAAGAGAUCAUCUGCACAGACUUCGACUUCGGAAAAGACAGGAAGAGGUCUCGACACGAGCGCCGAGUACCCCAAGAACUUUGCGCUGGAUGAUCUUACAGUCAUACUGGACAUUGACAAAAGUGUGGAUGCCGCCUUUUUGACCUCAGCCGGGGCAUGGAGAAGAAUUGUUAUGAAUAUCUUUGCAAACUCGCUCAAGUAUACCGAAAGAGGCUAUGUGAAGAUCAGACUCGUAGCAAAGGCCGCUCGUAACAGUACACAAAAGAAGUUGGUCUUGACGGUGACCGAUUCGGGCCGCGGCAUGUCCGAGGAAUAUCUGCGGCACAGGAUAUUCAUGCCAUUUUCUCAGGAAGACAAUCUCUCAUCCGGCACAGGCUUGGGACUCAGCAUUGUCAAACAGAUUGUCGAUUCAUGCAAAGGAAGGAUUGCUAUUGAGAGUAAGCAGGAUGUGGGUACGAAGGUUACGGUAUCAAUCAGUAUGCUGCAGUGUGCAAUCAAGGAUAUCGGCUCCGAUGGCAGGAAUGGGAGCCUUGACGACUAUGCCAUAGUCUCUGGUAGGACGCAAGAGAAGACUGUGUGUCUGCUUGACAGAGGCUGGAGUAUGAGUGGGGAGUCGAAAAUCCCGAGGGAGAGCUUGUCGGCUAUGAUAACGUCGCUCAGACAGACAUGCACUGAAUGGUAUGGUAUGCAUUUUCAUCUGGAAUCAGAAAGCCACGAUCGGAUCCAUGAUGUCUAUCUUGCCAUCGAAUCAUCGUCGGUUGUGGAGACAGAUAUCAACCGCCUUCUCGACCAUACCUUCCUUACCGUACCCAGCAGCAAACAGAAGCCGAUCCUGAUUGCGUUCUGCCAAUCGUCCGUCUCAAGAAAAGAGGCCCUGGAUCCUCUGCGGGAGAAACACCGAGACACCGUGGUGCUUGAAUACGUCAACCUCCCUUGCGGUGUAUACAGGCUGGGCAAAGCUUUGUCCGUUUGUUUGAAACGACAAAAUGAAGAGAUGAGUAAAGGAGGUCGUCCUUUUUUCAACCCUGUACAGACAGUCAUCCGCAUUGAUACGAUCCCAACCAAGCUCCCCGAGUCCAUGGAACACGCCCAACCCUACAACGACCUCUCAAACAUCACUGAGGAAAGCACUACUCGACCUCUGCCUCCUCAUACCUUCGAACCUGCUUCAUCUACCACCGCUAACAAAGAGAUCAACACCAACCCUGACAGCCCAUUCGUACCGAAAACCACCCCCUUCAACAGCCCAUCAACUCUCAACCCAUCCUCUCCAACCUCCCCCAGCUCCACACCGCCCCAAACUUUCCUCCUAGUCGAUGACAACCCCAUUAACCUCCGCCUCCUCGUCGCCGUCAUGAAGCGCAAGUCCGCCCCUCACAUCACCGCCACCAACGGCCAAAACGCAGUCGACCUCUACCGCGCCGACCCCACCGCCUGCCGCGUCAUCCUGAUGGACAUCAGUAUGCCCGUCCUGGACGGCCUGGCCGCUACUCGCCAGAUCAGACAGCUGGAGAAGCAGCGCGAUCUGCCGAAAUGCCAUAUCAUCAUGGUUACGGGCUUGGCAAGCGAAGAGGUGCAGCGUGAGGCGGAUGCGAGCGGCGCGGAUGGGUAUAUGGUUAAGCCGGUGCGGUGGAAGGAGUUGGAAAGGGUGCUUGGGGAGAUUGAAGGGGCAGCCGAGGAUGGAGGAUGAAGAGGGCGGCUUCAGGGGUGGACUUCUGAACUUGAGAAUGGGCGAUGCAGUGAGGAUGCAGAUCGAUGACUGCAUGUGACGGCGAGGUUUGAUGGAAGACCUCACCGUGUUGAACAGCGUCCGUCGCGCCGAACCAAGCGCUCACUAUCA